AUGAAUAAACGUAAAUUGGAAAACAAUUCUCAUUUGGAGGUACUCCAAAAAAAAUUAAAAAAAUAUCAGCAUUUAAUUGAUCAGGAAAUGUCAUCAAAUUUAGUCGACGAUUCUGUUGAUAAUUCUUCAUCUGAGGACUCAGAUGUUGACGACCAAGAUCAGAGUAGUAAAUCUGAUAUUGAAAUGGAAAAUGCCUCAGAUAAAAACUUGAAGGCGUCAGUGGAGUUGCAGGAGACGAAGGGUUCUGAAGUUCCCACCCUCAGUGAAUCGGUGCUCCAAAUCCUGGGCUCGGAAAAGAGACUUUUAAAGGAUAAAUGUUUUGCACCCUGA